AUGAUUCCAUCAUUGAAUUUUGGAUCAAUGAAAAAUAAGAAUACUUUAAAUUUAGUUGUCAAUGUAAAUAAUAAUAAUAAUAAUAUAUCUAAUAAUAGUAAUCAUAAUAUUAUUGGUAGUGAUACAUUUAGUUCACUAAAUAAUCAUUUAAAUUUUAUGAGUAUUGGUAGUAGUGGUAGUGGUCCAUCAACUCCAACUUCAACUACAUCUUCAUCUCCUCCAUCUGCCACUUCAUCUUCAACUCCAUCAUUUCCAUUCCACUCUUCUGCUGCUGCUGCUGCUGCCGCUGCUGCCGGCGGACAAUCAUCUGCCAACUCAUCACCUUCCAUAUCUCCAUCUUCUAAUGGACCAUUGACCAUACUGGCAACUACAAACACCUCUACUUCUGCCACACUACCUCCACCACCAUGUCCGUCAACAUCACGAGGCAACAAUCGAGCACACCAAUUUUACAGAGAGUUUUGUGCGCGUUACCUCGGACUGCAGUCACUCAACAUUCGAGUGUCCAACUCACACGAGCUCAUCUCUAUAUCCGAGGCACUCAAGCUGCGUCACUCUAUCUGCCAUCUCAACCUCUCACACAACAAGUGUAUCAAGGAUUUGGAGGCGUGGAUCGCACUUGGAUCAGCCCUUAAAAUUGCCACGCAGACGAUCGUCCAACUCGACCUCUCACACAACUAUUUGGCAAGUGAAGGGUUGUCUCCAAUCAUCUCGGAUGUCAUCCGUAGCAACAAAAGCAUUCAGUGGCUUAAUUUGGCCUACAAUAACCUCGACAAGGAUGAGAACCAGUCGAUAUUGGACGCACUCACCCAUAACCAGACACUCACCUAUAUUGACCUGUCCAACAAUGACUACCAGUCGACGACGGAUAUAUCGGCCCGUCUAUGCACUUUUAUCGAGUGCAGCACGUCGAUUCAACAUAUCAACUUUGGUCGCAACUCUUACAAGAUCCCAUUGAGCGGGCUGUCUAAAGCACUGUCUGCCAACCAAUCAUUAAAGUCGAUCGACCUCAGCUACAUGGCCAUCUCCAACACUGACACACUCCCCCUACUCAAGGUCAUGCUCGACUCGAGCCGUAUAUCAUCUAUCAACCUUUGCCAAUGUUUGCUCAACCAACUACCCAACAGCAGCACCUCUGGAAGCAGUAGUGUACAUAGUCACCAUGGUCACCACCAUCGCGAUCACAGCGGUAAUCAUGGUCGUCGUCGUAGUAGUAGCACUUCAAGUUAUGUUAGAAGAAGAGAAAGAGAAAAGGAUAAUCAACAACAAAGUCAACAAAAUCAACCUCAACAACAAAAAGAUAAUGAAAAAGAAAAGAAUAAUAAUAAUCAUGUAGACCAAUCCGUUUCAUUAUCAUCAGCAACAUCAUCCCAUUCACCUUGUUUAUCAACAUUUGGAGUUACAAUUACUCAACAUUUGGCACAUAGAUAUCGAGAGGUCGAUCAAUUAGACGAAGAGGUUGCGAUGGAGCUUGGACAAGAGGAGGAAUUGAAUCGAUUGAUUUCUAUCUUUUCGGGCACCCAUCAUCUUUUGUUGGACAAUACACCUAAAUCGAGAAAGGAGGUGGUUCCAUUUAGUGACAUGUCUACAAUGGUCGAGUCGUAUCAUUCCAAUGAGCAGCCGUUGAGCUACCCUUCGGCAUCGGCAUCGGCAUCGUCGACGCCAACUGCUGCUGCCGACACUGCGCAAGCCAUUUCUUUGGCGGCAAUGGACCGCAGCAACAGUCUGCUGAUCGGCUACUGUCCACUGCAGUAUCUCAACUUGUCGGGCAUCCCAUUUGGCAAAAAGGGCUUCAAAUGCUUUUUGGAUAUCCUCAAUCGCAACCAAGACCUCUCUACACUGGACGUGAGCAGCUGCGGGCUACCUGAAGAGUGCGGGCGGUUGAUCAGCGACUUUAUCCGCAAGAAUAUCGUCCAUCGAUGUGGUCGAGGCAUUGGGCACGAACAAGAGUAUCAUCAACCUCAACAUCUCUUCAACACGGUCGUCCAACUUGAUUGGCAAGGUGUUGGCCAAGAGUCUGACCGUCAACCACACCCUGCGCAUUUUGGACGUGUCGCACACCAAGUUGGCAUUUUCUGGUAUUUUGGAUUUGACGAUUGGACUGGCCAGCAACCGCAUCGUGCUCGAGUCGCUCAAUCUCAACGACACGGACCUGCUCGACAAGGGUGCCAUCCAUCUCGGCGAGGCGUUGGCCACCAACACGUCGCUGUCGGUGCUGUACAUCAACUUGAACAGCGUCGAGAAGCAGGGUGCCAAAGCGAUCGCCAGUGCGUUGAAAAAGAACUCGACCCUGCGUGUGCUGCACAUGGGGUACAACGCGAUCGGCUGCAAGGGCCUCAAGGCGCUGACCAAGGCGCUCAAGGUCAACAAGACCCUCGUCGACCUGUCGGCCAAGAGCAACUGCAUCAACGACAAGUCGCACUUGAAAAGGAAACUAUCUACAAGGUGUACCAAGCACUCAAGCGUAACCAUACCUCUACCUCUAUCGGUAUCAGCAGUACUCAGUCCUCUUCCAAGGAUAAGGACAGUAGUAUCUCGACAGGUGCCACUCCACGUAUCUUGGUUAAUCCUCCAACGACCCCUAUCUACAAACCACCCAACAGCCCCUUUAUCCAGACUAUUAUCAACAACGACAUUUACAACAACAACAUUGGUGUCAGUAGUAGCAUGACCAGCAACAACUCUUCUCACAAACAUUGCAACAGUGCUAGCGUCCUAGACACGCACCAUCACCACGAAAACAAGGCCAAGUUUUUCGAGCAGAUUGUAUCGCCUCCACUAUCGUCGUCGUCGCCAGUCAUUGGAUUCGAUUGUAACCAAGACACUUCAUCCUCUCAUUUGUCGUAUUCGACCAGCUCCUCAUCAUCUUCUUCCUCCUCAUUGUCUUUGUUCUCGUCGUCUGCAGCUGGUGGUGGUGGAGCUGCUCCAACCAUUGAACUCAUACCAUCACCAUUUACCCAUUUCACAACCACAACCACGACUACCACCACAACUACAACCUCUUUCCAUCAUUUAUCUCUUGCAAAUGGUAAAUUACAACAACAACAACAAAAUCAACAACAACAAAUUGCAAACAAACAAAAGAACAAAUAA